AUGGAGGAACGGAAGACCGUGGUUGAAUAUUCCGUCGAACCCGCCCCCCGACCCCCAGGAUGGAUGUACAAGGCCGGUAGCAUUGGCAAAUGGUCGACAAGUUGGUAUGCGUCGCCGCGCAACCAGCUGGCAAUGGUCGCCUUCGUCUGCUUCCUCUGCCCAGGCAUGUUCAACGCCCUCAGCGGCUUGGGCGGUGGUGGAAAAGCCGACCCCACCCUGAGUGACCAAAUGAACAUUGCGCUGUACAGUACCUUUGCCGUGGUGGGUUUCUUCGCCGGAACUGUCGUCAACCGUAUUGGAGUCCGUCUCUCGCUUUCGUUCGGUGGAAUCGGUUACUGCAUUUACUCCAUUAGUCUGCUCGUCUCGGUACACAAACAUGUACCCGGCUUCAACAUCUUCGCCGGCGCAUUCCUCGGUGUGUGCGCCGGUCUGCUCUGGGCUGCCCAGGGAACCAUCAUGAUGUCGUACCCGCCUGAGCAGCAGAAGGGUCGAUACUUCUCUUGGUUCUGGUGUAUUUUCAAUGUCGGAGCCUGUAUCGGUAGCUUGAUCCCCCUCGGCGAAAACAUCAACGUCAAGACCAACGAAACCGUUAGCGAUGGAACAUACAUUGCCUUCAUCGUCCUGAUGUUCGCCGGCGCCGUCCUCGCCCUUUUCCUCUGUGACGCAGAUAAGGUGGUGCGCACCGACGGCUCCCGCGUCAUUCUCAUGAAACAGCCCUCCUGGAAAACCGAGUUCAUCGGACUCUGGGACACAAUCCGCGCUGAACCGUGGAUCGUCCUCCUCUUCCCCAUGUUCUGGUCUUCCAACUGGUUCUACACCUACCAGCAGAACGCCAUCAACGGCGCCUACUUCAACACCCGCACCAAGGCACUCAACGGCUUCCUCUACUGGUUCGCGCAGAUCGUCGCCGCGGUCAUCAUCGGACCCUUGCUUGAUAUCGAGCGCGUGCGUCGCACUGUGCGUGCCAAGGCUGCUCUCGUCAGUCUGUUCGUGCUUACCGUUGCUAUCUGGGGUGGUGGUUAUGCCUGGCAGAAAAAGUACACCCGUGAGACUGUGGCUCAGAAGGAUUUCGUGCCCUGGGAUUGGGAAACCAAGGGCUACGUUGGACCCAUGUUCCUGUACUUCUUCUACGGCAUGUACGAUGCUGUCUGGCAGGGAAUUGUCUACUGGAUCAUGGGCGCCCUCGGUAACUCCGGCCGUAAACUCGCCAAUUUGGCCGGAUUCUACAAGGGUCUUCAGUCCGCCGGUGCCGCCGUCAUGUGGUCACUCGACAGCAACAAGCUCCCAUACAUGAACGAGUACGCGUCGAACUUCGGUCUGCUGUGUGCCUCGAUCCUCGUCGCUGCCCCGGUUGUCUUCUUCAAGAUCAAGGACUCCGUUCCCGUUGAGGAUGAGCUUGCCGGUACGGGUGAGACUCUCGAGGAUGUGUUGCCACCUGGUGCUGUUGAGCAGAUCCGGGCUGGCGAUGAGAAGAUUUAG